CUUGCACGACCGGUUGUAACCGGUAAAUCCGGCUCUCUUCUCCGGUGCCAUACACUUUCUGGCUUCUGCCAUCUUUUCACCCGCAAAACCCGAAAAUCCCUGCUCUCGCCCUCUCACUUUCACAUCCACGUCCGUCUGCUUUUUCGAAAGAAAGGACCGCUUCUCCGGUGUCCGAGACUGAUUCAGCUCCUUCCGAACUUGGUCCUAGGGCUUAUGAGAAAAUGUCUGGAGCUGAGGUACUAUGGGAGAGAUUAGUCCGGGCUGCGCUGAGGAGGGCAAGGAUUGGUGACGAUACAUAUGGACGGCCGGCUGUUGGAAUUGCUGGAAACGUACCAUCGGCACUUGCCAAAAACAGGGAUAUUGAUGAGAUAUUAAGAGUUGCAGAUGAAAUUCAAGAGGAGGAUCCUAAUGUCUCCAGAAUCUUAUGUGAGCAUGCUUACUCAUUAUCUCAGAAUUUGGACCCUAACAGUGAAGGCCGAGGUGUUUUGCAAUUUAAGACUGGUUUGAUGUCUGUUAUUAAGCAAAAGUUGGCUAAGAGAGAAGUUGGAACCAUAGAUAGAAGUCAGGACAUUGCAAAAUUACAAGAGUUCUACAAGCGCUAUAGGGAGAAGCAUAAUGUAGACAGGUUACGGGAGGAGGAGAUGAAGUUGCGGGAAUCUGGUGCUUUUAGUGCAAAGCUUAGCGAGUUGGAGCGGAAGACAUUGAAACGGAAAAGAAUAUUUGCUAGUUUAAGGGUUUUGGGCAUGGUCAUUGAACAGCUGUCCACCGAAAUUCCUGAAGAGCUGAAAUCUCUGAUGGAAUCAGAUUCUGCAAUGACAGAAGACCUAAUUGCUUACAACAUUAUUCCCUUGGAUGCUCCUUCCUUAACAAAUACUAUUAUGUCUUUGCUUGAGGUUCAAGCAGCAGUUUCAGCUUUGAAGUACUAUAGGGGUUUGCCGGAGUUACCUCGGGGUCAUCCAAUUCCUGCUGCUAGAGAUGCUGAUAUGCUUGAUUUUUUGCAGUGUAUCUUUGGAUUUCAGAAAGAUAAUGUCUCUAAUCAGCGAGAACACUUAGUUCACCUGCUUGCUAAUGAGCAGUCUCGGCUUGGAAUUCCAGCUGAAACAGAACCUAAACUGGAUGAGGCUGCGGUGCAGAACGUAUUUGUGAAGUCCCUUGAGAAUUACAUUAACUGGUGUAGCUAUUUAGCUAUUCAGCCUGUUUGGAGCAGUUUGGAUGCUGUUAGCAGAGAGAAGAAAUUGCUAUACGUCUCUUUAAUUUACCUAAUAUGGGGUGAAGCUGCCAAUAUCAGGUUUAGGUUUCUGCGAGAAUGCUUGUGCUACAUAUUUCACCAUAUUGCUAUAUCUUCUGCUUCUUCUUCUUCAUGGAUGGCUAGGGAAAUGGAUGAAAUUGUGAGCAGCAAAUUGCACAGCCAGCUAAUAGUUGCAUUACUCAGGAUGGCGUUUCUUUUCUUGAUCAAGUUAUCUGCCUCUCUAUGGCAUUGUUGCUGCA